AUGAAGAAUUUUAUUUUUGUGUUCAGUUUAUUUGCUAUUUUUCUUACUGUAAAUGCAGUCCCAUUUCAACUUAGUAAAAGAACUACCACCUUCAAAGCUUGUCCUGUUGAAGGUGUUAGCCAACUUACUGUGGGAAUAAAUCCUGACCCCCUUGUUAGCGGAAAUCCCGCUGAUUUCAAUGUAUCCGGAACAUUAAGCCAUGGUCUCACCGCAGGCAUAACUAUUCUUAGAAUUGCUUUUGCAGACUUAUUCGAAAAUCCUAUAGGUGACCAUUACUCUAAAAUUUUCGACGAAUCAUUUAAAGCUGGUAACCCACUUUCGAUAAUUGUAAAAAGUGUUCUUGUUCCUAGCUUACCUUCUUCAUAUAUUAUUGGAGUUGCUGUUGGAGAUCCAACCAAUGAUCCAAAUAAUCCAUUAAAAGUUUAUGGCUGUGCGUUUGCUGUUGUUGGUUUAACUAAAUCUUUCGAUGAUAGUGCUUUAUUUGAUAUUAAUAAUAGAGGCAUGAUUGUAAAAAUAGAUGAAAUAUUUGGUUCAGGAAGAGAAGUUGAAUAUUUUCUAGACAGCAUUGUUAGAGCACCCUUUGAAAUUGACAAAAGGCACAAAUUAAAAUUUGUAGCAGGAUUUAUUGGCGCUAACCAAGAAAUUCUUGAAGACUCUGAUUGUGAAUUAGUUGUUUCUUCUGUGGUUGGAUAA